UGUACUUCCGGCCGCCCCGCACAAGCGACUUCCGGCGUGGCUUGCUGGGCGCUGCCAUUGUCCUCCGGAGCGGGGCCAUGUCGUCCGAGGAGCGGCCUCCGGCCCCUCAGAAGCAUCCCUUCUGGAACUGCUUGAGCUGCCGCGUCGUGACCGGGACGGCGCUGCUCGGCUCCGCCUUCUGGGUCUACCUGGGACCCCGCAAGGUCAUGAGGCGGGGGAUCCCCCCCAACAUGUGGCACAUCACCCAGAUCAGCUUCGCCUGCGGUCUUGCCUGUUGGGGUUUUUUAGUGUUGAUAGACCCAGUUGGGAAACUGAAGAAGUGAUCACAGACCUCCUUACCAUCCUUUUCCAGAAACAGCAUCACUUCAUAGCACGGACAAUAAAAGUCAAAUGGAGUUGGCUUUGGUUUGCCUUUGUUUGUGAGGACUGCUGUAAAACAGCCUAUGGAAAGCCACAGCUGUGCUGCUGUCUUCCCCUCGCUUUAGCCAUGCAGACAAUUAUGUCAUUAGCUUUCCUGAUUGCUGAGGUCAUCAGCACAGGAGUCUGUGCAAUGUAUCACACCUGGGAGGGAUGAAGGAUCUUCAUUCUUGUAUAUUAAAAAAACACACCACAAAACA